UGGCCCCCACUCUUGGUGCUCAAGCUCGAAAACACCCCGCUGAUGGCAUCAAAGAGACAAACGGUCGUAUACACACGCAAUAGCCUAAUUCUUGUAUAUGAAUACGUGCGCAGCACAAAUAUUAUCACCGUGACUUGAAAUUCACGUUGGAUCCAAAAUUCAAUUGUGGGUGUUUUGGCUAUGAGUGAGGAGUUUGUGGGGGGCGGUGACGGCGGCAGAACUGGCCGUGCGGUGCCGCCGGAGGCAGAGUUCGUAUUUGUUGGCAAUGCCGUCGGGGAGUCUUUUGGGGACUGGAAGAACAACGCGGUGGAAUUCAUCAAGGGUUUGGCGGAGAUGAGCAUGGAGUUCGGGAGAGGAUGCAGGGACGUGGUGAAGCAGAGCGUGCUGGGAAGGGAUUCGUACUUGGUGAAGAAGUUUGGGGGCCCUUGCGAGGAGGUUUGCGCGAAAUUGAGGUUCUUGAAUGAGUAUUUGCCUGAAGAUCGCGAUCCGGUUCACUCGUGGACCGUGAUUUUGUUCGUCUCGUUUGUUGCUAUUGCAGUGCUGAUUGUAAAUAUUGGACAUGAUACAACAACUCCAUUGGUAAAAAGAUUGUAUAUACAUCCUCCAAAUGCAAGUCGAAUAUUACUACCAGAUGGUAGACACUUGGCUUAUAAGGAACAAGGUGUUCCCGCUGACAGAGCUAGAUUUUCUGUGAUUACGGCACAUCCCUUCCUUUCAUCCCGACUUGCAGGUAUACCGGGGCUAAAGGCUUCAAUAAUGCAAGAAUUUGGCAUUCGGCUCAUAUCAUAUGACCUUCCAGGUUUUGGGGAAAGUGAUCCCCAUCCCAACAGGAACCUUGAGUCAUCAGCUCUGGAUACGUUACAACUGUCAUAUGCUGUUGGUGUCACCGAUAAAUUUUGGGUGUUAGGAUACUCGGGAGGGAGUAUGCAUGCUUGGGCUGCACUCAGAUAUAUUCCUGACAGAGUAGCAGGUGCAGUAAUGCUUGCUCCAAUGGUUAAUCCAUAUGAACCGAGCAUGACUAAGAAAGAGAGAUCAAGGACCUGGAAGAAUUGGACAGCACGAAGGAAAUUUCAGUACUUUUUAGCUCGGAAAUUUCCUAGAUUUCUCGCUUACCUGUACGGCCAAAGCUUCCUUUCUGGAAAUCAUGGUCCGAUAGAAAAGUGGCUAUCAUUAUCACUUGGAACCAGGGAUAGAGCUUUGAUAAAGGAUCCGAUGUUUGAAGAGUUUUGGCAGAGAGAUGUUGAGGAAUCAGUCCGGCAGAGAAAUGUAAAACCAUUUGUAGAGGAAGCUGUCCUGCAGGUUUCACAUUGGGGUUUCAGCCUCUCAGACCUCAAAAUUCAAAAGAAACGCCCGGGGAAAGGCAUUCUGCUUUGGGUCAAGUCCAUCUUGGGAAAGGCAGAGAAAGAACUAACAGCCUUUCUCGGCCCGAUACAUAUAUGGCAGGGCAUGGAUGACAAAGUUGUGCCGCCAUCAAUGACAGAUUUUGUGCAGCGGGUUCUGCCGGGGGCCAUGGUGCAUAAGCUCCUUUACGACGGCCAUUUCUCCUUUCUAUACUUCUGCGACGAGUGCCAUAGACAGAUGCUCAAGACCCUUUUCGGAGACCCGCAAGGACCACUUGCCGCAGAAGUAGACCAAGCUCCGCUGCCGGAAGUAGAGGCCGAGGAGAACGAAGAGGAGGAGGCGGCGGCGGAGGAAGAGGAAGCCGCCGGUGAUUGUGCGGCGGAGAUGCAACCACCUCCCGGUUGUUCAACUGAAUAGGUGCUCGUGUCGUGUAUAUAUAGAGGUUGAAUAGAUGCAGAUUCCAACCCCAAAAUCGUAUCACCGUUUUCGUUUUCUUCUUUCUUUCUUUUAUUUGGACCAUAAUCAAAUGAAUCAUAAAUGCGAGCAUUUUAAUCAGAAAAGUAUUAGAAAGCCCGACAAGAUUAUCGAAAAGAGGUAAAAAGAUGAUUUUGCCCCCACGCCUGCUCUCUCCCUUCCCCUUUAAUGGAUUUCCCCCCUCUUUGUGCGUCUCCCCUGCUAUGGUCGUCGCCUCGCCUCGCCAUCGUGCCUCGUUGUCGUCGCUUUGUCUCUGUCGCCUCUCUGCCAUCACUGUCUCAUCGACAAUCGUUGCAUCAACUGUCGACGAGGCAAGGCGGCGAUGGCAGCGAAGUGAGGUGGUGACCAUGGCAGGGGAGACGCACAGAGCAAGGGGACAGUGGCCCGGUUUGUAAAUUUGUAAAGUGGGCAGGGUAAAAUCGUCUUUUUGUCCCUUUUCUGUGAGUCACUCAGUAGACUCGUUGGGCCCUGUAGAACGACUCUUUUAGUCAUAAUGUUAUAUGCGUUCUUGU